CGAAGUCUCCGUGUUUAAUUUUAAAAAAUCAUAAUGACCUUGGACUUGGGUGAUUCGCGGAAAGGAGGAAUGAAAAUUAAUGAAUUGCAGGAACAUCGAAGAAGUUGCUUGAAACGCAGACAAACCUGCCUGCGCAAGAAUUCUUCGAGGAAAGUCCAGAGGCAGGAUUUGGAUUUUAUUGAACGUGAAUUGCAAGAACAAGACACGCUCGUAGAGAACCUGAACGCCGUACUCAAGGGAUGCAAAGAGAAAUGUCAAAGAAUCAAUGAGAAAGUCAACGAACUUAUUCGAGAGGUGAGGAAAGUGAAGCUACAGCAGGAGUUUUAUCAAAUUAAUUAUUUAAAUCUCUUCGAACGUCGUCCACUUAGACAUCGAGAUGUCAAUGCCAGUCCAUAUCCAGAGGUACUAAUGCCAUGUCCAAUAUUUCAAAAAUUUUUGAAUUCCGAGAGUAUUACGGAAAGUUUAUCGAAUUCUAUAGAAGUUCAUAGGAAGAAGGAAAAAUCACAGAUUUUAUUGCUGCAAAAUAGAAUUCCUGACGGUUACGUAACUAUGUUGCCGACUCGGGAUGAACCCGCGUUACAUCCAGUCGCGUUCAAAGCAUCCAGGCCAAAACCGCAGAGGAGUUUGGAAGAAAAAUUAGCAAUAGAUAAGAAUUAUCGUUGCCUGUCUUGUCCUUCGAAAUUCUCGAAAUAAUAUUUCAGUCAAAUACACAUAAAAACAAUAGUGGUCCACUUCUUGAAAUAUUAACAUGAC